AAAACUAAGAUCAUGGCAUCGAGUCCUGUUUCUUCAUGGCAAAUAGAAGGGGAAAAGUGGAAGCAGUGACAGAUUUUUUUCUUGGGCUCCAAAAUCACUGCGGAGGUGACUGCAGCCGUGAAAUUAGGUCUUUCCUACCUCUCCACCAAUUGGAACCAACUCCUCCCCCUUCCUCUUUCCAUCUGUGCUGGUCUUCCUGUGCUACAAACUGGCCAAGCUUCUUCCAUCCUCAGGGCCUUUGCACAAGCUUUUCCUUUGCCUUAGAAUUCUUCCCUGGCCUACCCACUUCCUCAUCCCUCUUCCCCAAGUUAAUGCCUUAUCCUUUAGGUUUCAUUUUAAACAUAUCUUACCCAGGGAAACUUCCCUGUCUAAACAAAUCUACAAUGGAUCUCCCUGUUAUUUGCUUUCACUGUUUCUCCUCAGCAUUUAUCCCAAUUCUUUUUUUUUUUUAAUCCCAAUUCUAAUUAUACAGUUACGUUGCUGUUUUAGGUUUUUUUUUUAAUCUUUUGGCUGUGCUGCACUGCCACACUACACAUGGGAUCUCAGUUCCUCAACCAGGGAUCGAACCUGUGUCCCCUGCAUUGGCAGCCCAGUCUUAACUACUGGACCAUGACGGAAGUCCCUUAUGUUGUUCCUUUAAUUUUCUCUAUUAUUGGAAUAUCCAUAUAAAAUUUAAAUUGUUACAGGGUAUAAAGUCUCUUCCCUUCCCUGUCUCUCUGCUACGGAUUUAUCCUCCUUACAAGUACUUAGUUUUAGCAUUUUGAAUAUCCUUUCAAAAAUAUUUUGAGUAUAUAAGCAAUGAUGUACAUAAUAUUCCUCUUUAUUUUUGCCUUCUCUUUUAUUAACACAGAUCUUAUGUACAUUUUUCCACACUUUGUUUUUAUCUGUUACUAAUAUAUUGUGGCAAUCUUUUAUAUCACUGUGUAAAUAGUUUAUUUUUCAUGUACCAUAUAGUAUGGGCACAUCAUAAUUUAACUUCAAUUAUUAGGCAUUUAGGUUGUUUUCAUGCUUUGGUUAUUACAAACAAUGCUGCAUUGAAUAACUUUGUAUUUAAGGCCAUUUCCCACAUUUAUACCUAUAGUAUAUAUUCCUAGAAUUAAAGAAAUUAAAGGUUAUGCGCAUUUUUAAUUUGGGAAGUAAUUCUCAAACUGCUGUCAACGGAGGCUGUAACAAUUCACAUUCUCUCUAGCUGCAGAGGAAGAAUGCAUGUUUACUCAUAACUCAGUGAAAAUUUUGUUCUCUGCCAAUGUAAGAGGUAGAAAGUAUCUCUUGGAACCUUUAAUUUGCAUGUUUUCUCUUCCUUGCAAAGUUAUAUUUUCAUAUGUUUAAGACGCAUUUGUAUUUCUUCUUUAGUGAACUGUUUCUUCAUAAACUUUGCUUAUGUUAUUAUUUAAUGUGUGACUUCCUCACUACACUCUAAGGCAGGGGUCCCCAACCUCUGGGAUCUAAUGUCUGAUAAUCUACGGUACAGCUGAUGUAAUAAUUGAAGUACACAAUAAAUGUAAUGCUCUUGAAUCGUCCCCAAACCAUCCCCCCUACACUGGUUGUGUGGAAAAAACUGUCUUCCAUGAAACAGAUCCUUGGUGCCAAAAAGGUUGGAGACUAGUGCUCUAAGGUCAGGGAUCCCCUGUAUUUUGCUCAUCACAUAGCUCUUGGUACUGGAAUGAAUGAAGCUCAAAGAAAUGACUGGCUCAUGUUAAGCAGUAGUCAAAUUUAGAACUCAUGUUUGAUUCCACAGCCCACGUAUUUUCACAAUCACCCCGUGGAAAGACAAAGCAUUUAAUUCACCACACCAGGGGCUAGAAAGGUAAUGUAAAACGGCCCAAGUGUGCUGGGAAGCCAGGACUAUGGCAGAAUGGUGAACAAAUGCUACCUACGGUAGCAGCCAAUUUUCAGACCUGUUUUACCAUCAAGCAGGGCUGCACACCUACUGUCGGAUCUUUAUUUACUCCGAGGCCAGAUUUCUGGCUUUCUUAAGAAAUCUCCUAAUUUUUAAGUUUCCCAUCAAUACAAGACUGCAUUCAAAUACAGCCCACCGGCAGGAUCUGCAACCUCUAGCGUAAACAGAAGUUGGAGGCUGAUGAGGCGGGUAAUACCUUAGCUGGAUAAAGACAGCCAAGAAAACUACGAAUUUUUACGUAAGGCGAAAAUGAGGUUCUCAGCCAUAGGGUCUGUAGGGUCUGGGUUUGGGAGCCGGGACUCCCAGAAGGCGGCUUGAAAUAAACGCUGGGUGGCGUCAAAGCUGGGCAGGGCCAGGAGUGGCGGUACCCAGCGCUGUCGGGGGUUUCUCAAGGAACGUCCACACAAGGGCGUGAAGGCGGUAGGGGCUGGCCGGGACGAAGGCGAUGACUGGCUGCGCAUCGCCUCACCGGCUCCUUUAGAGCCAAGUGGACCGAACGGACAUUGUAGAAGAUCCGUUCCGACAUUGUAGAAGAUCCUCAACCUCCCAGGCAAACCCUUCUGCUCGGCGAUCUACUUCUUUCCCUGUUCGGCCCCUCCCCUCUUCCCCAGUCCUACGAGUUCCGUUUGCCUGGUCGUCUGGGAAACCGUCAACUUCCGGCCUCGCAGAGGUGGGCGAAGCUAAGAUGGCUGAAGAGAAACCGUCUGCGAGAACUCAGCUUCCUGUGUCUGCUGAAUCUCAAAAACCCGGGCUGAAAAAAGCUCCAGAGUUUCCUAUUUUGGAGAAGCAGAACUGGUUGAUACAUCUCUAUUAUAUCCAGAAGGAUUAUGAAGCAUGCAAGGCUCUUAUCAAAGAACAGCUUCAGGAGACUCAUGGGUUAUGUGAAUAUGCUAUCUAUGUCCAAGCUUUGAUAUUUCGCCUGGAAGGAAAUAUCCAAGAAUCCCUAAGACUCUUUCAGAUGUGUGCUUUUCUCAGCCCUCAGUGUGCUGAUAACCUCAAGCAGGUGGCCAGAUCUUUAUUUCUUUUGGGAAAACAUAAAGCUGCCAUUGAAGUAUAUAAUGAAGCAGCUAAACUUAAUCAGAAAGACUGGGAAAUCUGUCAUAACCUAGGAGUUUGCUACAUUUAUCUGAAACAGUUUGACAAGGCACAAGACCAGUUGCACAAUGCCCUACAUCUUAACAGACAUGAUCUGACUUACAUAAUGCUGGGCAAGAUCUUCUUGCUGAAGGGAGACUUGGACAAGGCCAUUGAAAUCUACAAGAAAGCAGUGGAGUUCUCACCAGAAAAUACAGAGCUUCUUACAGCUUUAGGAUUACUCUACCUACAGCUCGGCAUUUACCAGAAGGCAUUUGAACAUCUUGGAAACACACUGACUUACGACCCUACCAACUACAAGGCCAUCUUGGCAGCAGGCAGCAUGAUGCAGACCCACGGGGACUUUGAUGUUGCCCUCACCAAAUACAAAGUUGUAGCGUGUGCUGUUAUAGAAAGCCCUCCACUCUGGAAUAACAUCGGAAUGUGCUUCUUUGGCAAGAAGAAAUAUGUGGCAGCCAUCAGCUGCCUGAAACGAGCCAACUACCUGGCGCCUUUAGACUGGAAGAUUCUCUAUAAUCUGGGCCUUGUCCACUUGACUAUGCAGCAGUACGCGUCCGCUUUCCAUUUCCUCAGCGCAGCCAUCCACUUCCAGCCCAAGAUGGGGGAGCUCUACAUGCUCUUGGCUGUGGCUCUGACCAAUCUGGAGGAUACAGAGAAUGCCAAGAGAGCCUAUGACGCAGCAGUCCGCCUUGAUAAGUGUAACCCUUUAGUAAACCUGAACUAUGCUGUGCUGCUGUAUAACCAGGGCGAGAGGAGGGACGCCCUGGCCCAGUAUCAGGAGGUGGAGAAGAAAGUCAACCUACUCAAGCAUAGUAGCUCUCUGGAAUUUGAUCCAGAGAUGGUGGAGGUAGCCCAGAAGCUGGGAGCUGCUCUACAAGUUGGGGAGGCACUGGUCUGGACCAAACCAGUUAAAGAUCCCAAAUCAAAGCACCAGACUGCUUCAACCAGUAAAGCCGCCUGUUUCCAGCAGCCUCUGGGCUCUAAUCAAGCCCUAGGACAGGCAAUGUCUUCAGCAGCCACAUGCAGGAAGCUCUCCUCAGGUGCUGGAGGAACAUCCCAGCUCACAAAGCCACCAUCCCUUCCUCUGGAGCCAGAGCCCACUGUGGAAGCAGAACCCACGGAAGCAUCAGCACAAACCAGAGAAAAGUAGGUGUAGGAUGACCCCAGAGCUGGGCUUGCUUUGGCGAGGACCCACCAGAUUAGGUAGGUCUCAUGACACAGGCAGCACGGAGGCCGGCACGUACGAGAACGUGUUAUGAUCACCAGGAGCCGGAAGCCUUCACAGCCCCUGGCUGCCCCAUGAGCUAGAAGAGGACUUAUCUCCUGCUGACUGAGCCCUUUGUGGAAGAAAAGUCUGAGACAGACCUCUGCUAUCAUAACAAAGUCUUGGCUUGGCUGAGGUGAUUCUUGGGCUGUGUGAUAGGUAUAUUGGCCACCAAGGCAAACACAAAUCUUGAAUUAAUAAUCCAGUUCUAAUAGUAGAAAUUCAGAAGAUGAAAAAAAAAAAAGCUCUUUAAAUUGUGGCCUAGUCUAUUGAGUAUCUCAGCUGCACUUGCCCAGAAGAAUCCAGAAAAAGUCCCUAUAGCUUGUUCUUGAGCGAGGUCAGAGUGCAGAGCCAGAUCAUGUCAGUAUGAAAAGGGAGAAAGGGCUGGUCUGGUAUCAGCACCAAGGAUUGAGGGAAAAAAAGAGCUUCUUAACUGAGGAGGUUUUAGACAUUCAGUGAUACCACUGACCAGAUGCUAGCAAUACAUUAUGUAUCAUCCCUUUGGGAAAAGUUGUUAUUAAUGUGUAAGGGAUCACAAUAAAAUGUUUCUGGAAGAACCUUG